AUGCCUGACACGCAGGUCGUGCCGGUGGAGGCCGCCGUGGCCUCUGGCUCGGGCCAGCAGGGGCAGGGGCAGCAGGUCAAGAAGCUGUUUCGGCAUGUGUGUGACUACAGCAGUUGCCCUACCCGCUGGGCCGAGUUCGAGGUUGUCGACGACGAGCAGAAGGCGCUCGAGGCCCGGCUAGCCACGGUCCCCAUCGUCCAUCGCCACCGCUUGUCCAGCUCGGGCGGCUGGAUCACCACCGACUUCACCAUCAAUUCGCCUCCCAUGCGCGCCCUGCUCGCCAAGGCCCUCGCCAAGUACCAGGACCUCGACCUUGACAGCGCGCAUUGGACCUUCACGCCCCCGUACCAGCCCAUUGUCCACCGCUGGGAGCAGCUCAAGGCCCUGCUCAAGGAGGCCACCGAGUCGCCCGACGACGCCGCCGACGCCGAUGCCGAUGCCGACGCCAAGGCUGCCGCCGAGCAGCUCGACGCAUUCCUGACCCCCGUGCUCGACGACUCCAUCGGCGUGCUCGCCAACAUCCGCGAGACGCAGCGCGUGUCGCACGACAACAUCUGGCACGUCUUCUCGCCCGGCGAGCUGGUCGUGACCAAGUUCUACGGCGUCGACACCAUCUGCCGCGUCGUCCGCUUCACCGAGAAGGCCUUCUUCGCCGUCGUCACGGUCGAGUACGUCGACUGGAACGGCGAGACGGCCGGGCUCGCCACCCGCGCCGUCCGCGUCCCCAACUACGUCGGCACGCAGCUGGUCCGCAGCCUGCCCGUCUACCCCCUGUCCUUUGCCGACAGCCCCGACGACCUCAAGGCCCGCCUGCUGCUGCGCGGCCGCCGCUUCGAGCAGCUGCGUGGCUACCACUAUCUCGUCGCCAAGCCCGGCGUCAAGGUCCUCAUGACCUCGGAGGAGCGUGCUGCCUCGGGCAGAGUCGCCAUUGACGCGUACGCCUACUACCACAGCCAAAGCCUUGUCAAACCAAAGCUGCGAUCGCUGUCCCACGACGAACCGCUGGAGCCAGAGACCAAUGCCGACAAAGACGGCAACGAAGAUGGCGACAACGGCGACGCUGCAAACCAGGACACCUCGGAGACGUCGUCUAUGGUCGACGUGCAGAACGAGAUGGUGGCCAUCAGCCAGCCGUCGACCAACAUUGAGCGCAACGAAGACCUGACGCCGCUAUCGGACGCGGACUGCCUGCUUGCGACGCCGUGGGUCAUUGGCCUGGACAUGAAGACCAAGGACUGGGCGCACUUCCUGAUCGACGACCUCGACGAGAUCGUCUGGAACGACGCCGCCUAUGACAAGCUGGUCCUCCCCGAGGGCGAGAAGGAGCUGGCCUGGGACUUUGUCGAGAGCAAGGCGGCCGAGAAGGAGGUGACGGACGAUUUUGUCGCUGAUAAAGGGCGCGGCAUCAUCAUCCUCAUGUUUGGGCCGCCGGGCGUGGGCAAGACGUUCACGGCCGAGGCCGUUGCCGAGAGGGCCCACGUGCCGCUAUACUCGCUGAGCGCAGGCGUGCUGGGCGUGCAGCCGUCCGAGGUCGAGACGACGCUCAACUACACACUGGACCUAUGCCGCAUGUGGAAAGCAAUGCUCCUGCUAGACGAGGCCGACGUGUUCCUGGGGGCGCGGACCAACGAGGGCCUGACGCGGAACGAGCUGGUGUCGAUCUUCCUCACCAAGCUCGAGUACUACCAGGGGAUCCUGUUCCUGACGACGAACCGGUUCGCGUCCAUCGACUACGCGUUCCAGUCGCGCGUCGACCUGUUCCUGCCGUACCACGCGCUGACGCCGGCCGCGCGCCGCCAGGUGUGGGGCAACUUCUUCGACCACCACGGCCGCCACCGCUUCAGCAUCACUGAGGCAGAGCUUGACCGCCUCGCCGGGCUGUCGCUCAACGGCCGCGAGAUCAAGAACCUCAUCAAGUCCGCCCAGCUGCUGACCGCCCGCUCCGGCGGCAAGGUCACCGCCGACCGCCUGUACUCGCUCGCCGAGAAGCGCGUCGCUGCGCUGCGCAUGCUCGCGCAGCAGGCUGAUGACGAGUAG